AUGUCAGAUGUCUCCUUGCCGGUCAAAUACAUCACCGGACUCCGCAUCAACAUGUUGCCUGACGACUUCCCCGAAUAUGAGCCCACGCCAGAAGACUGGGACGCGCUCGCCGAGGCCUGGCAUGAGGCAUUUUCUUGCUUGCCAGGGCGGCAUCACAUUGAAAAUGUGAUGUUGGAUCUACGCGGCAUAGAUCCCUUCACGGUACCAGACAUCGUUCCUGUUCUAGUGGAGGUGACGACGGGGCUGUACACGAGAACGAAAAAGGAGAGUGGGAGGGACUUGGUUUUUGAUGUAAUGGGUGCGGAGAGGCAGAGGAAGUGGAUAGAGACGCAGUUGCCGGGGAAGUCGGAGGAUGAGCUGUUCGAGGAAGAGUUGGCUGCUGCGCGAAGGCAGCGUGGUGGGGGGUAG